AUGGAACAAACGGCUGGAACGAAUGGGACGGCUGGAACGAAUGGGACGGCUGGUUUGAAUGCGACGGCUGAAACGAAUAGAACAACUAGAGCCGACAGAACUGUGACGGCUAGAACAAAUGGGACAGCUGGUUUGAAUGUGACGGCUGGAACGAAUAGAACAAAAAGAGCCGACAGAACUGUGCGUCCUAAUUUCUUACUUUGCACCACGAAAAAAAAAAUUACAAACGUCUACCACGCUAGUGUUGUCAAGGAUAGAAUAACCAGUGUAGUAUAG